AUGGUCAAAGCCAUUAUUAUUAAAGAACAAAGACGUAAUGGGAGCAAAAGUCAAACAGAAACGGUAGUAACAGAAUACAGCCAGGGCUGUAGCAAGAGCCGGCGGGCGACGAUAUUUCUUUUCCACACAACAACAUGGAAGAGUGGUGCCCCGAUUUGUUGCCACGCUUUCGGGCGGCAUCAAAGAUGUACAUUGUGUGGCUGCAAAUCUGGUUGUAUUGUUUGCGGUGCGACAGUUUUUAAAAACCCUGAUAUUUCUUUACAUCGGUUUCCCAGUGACCUAAAUCAAAGGUAUCGAUGGAUUGAAGCAUGUAAACUAGACGAUACGUUUUUCAAUACAUCUAGUAGAAUAUGUUCUCUUCAUUUUAAACACGAGUACUUUAAAACAAAAUGCCUUAGAAGAAUUUUAUAUCCAGGUUCGGUGCCAACAAUAUUUACAGAAGAAGAGAUGAAAAACAACCGAAAUAUGAUUCCUAAAAUAGUUAGAACUAACAAGAAAUCAGCAAGCCUAAGAGUUAAAAAAGAAAAGGAUGAUGCUAGUAUAACUAAAGAAGAAAAAAUUGCUAAAAUAGUUAGAACCUACAAUAAAUCAGUAAACCUAAGAAUUAAAAAAGAAGAGGAUGAUGCUAGCACAACUGAAGAAGAAAUUCCUAAAAUGGAUAGAACUAACAAUAGAUCAGCAAACCUAAAAGUUAAAAAAGAAAAGGAUGAUGCUAGUGUAACUGAACAAGAAGCUCCUUCUACAUCUACUGAAGUUAAUCAGGUUUAUCAGGUCAACGAGGGGGCGAGUUGUUCCACAGUUAAUGAUUACAAUGAAAAAACAGAAACACAUGAUGAAAUAGAAACACAAGAAGAAACAGAAACACAAAAAGAAACAAAAACACAAGAAGAAACAGAAACACAAGAAGAAACUAAUGCAGAAUCAGUUGUGGAAGAAGAUUUUUGUCCAAGAACAAUGUGCAGAUAUAGUUCAGAAGAUUACGAAGUUUUUUGGAUAUGUAGAAUUUGCCUCAGGUUUAUGUUCAGCCGAAAUAGAGUUAUAGAACACUUGGAAGGUUGCAAUUUACCAGACUACGUUACAUUUGAUGACGAUGAAGAAUCUGAUGGGGAAUUUGUAAGAUUAAAAUUCAACGAACCAUAUUCAUCCAGUGAUGAUGAAUAACUUAUACAUAAUAUAAUUAAAGUCAUUAUGAGUUGUGUUGAACCUUCUAAUAAUAAUAUCUUCUGUUUUCAUAUACUUUGUAAGUUGAAUA